AUGGAGCCCCCUAAGCAGCAGCUGUCCUUCGUCUUGUUGCAACAGCAGCAAGUGAUGCUCUUAGAAGACAGGCCCCCUGGAGAUGUUUGCUCGAUGCCUGCAAACCCGACCCCCAGCCCCCAGGUCUGUACAGACACCUCGCCUCUGCUGCAGCAAGACUGCGGAGUAAGAGCGGGGGCCCCACCCGCUGCUGCUGCUGCUGCUGCUGCUGCUGUUGCUGCUGCUGGAGGAGCGGCAGAGGGGACGCAUGAGGUACCAUGGCGCUGCUGCAGCAGCAGCACUUCAUUCGUAGGCCUGAUUCUCCGGACAAAGACAGCAGCAGCAGCAGCAGCAGCAGUAACAGCAGUAGCAGCAGCAAUGACGUCAGCAGCAGCAGCCACUCAGCAAAAGCAGCUGCAGCUGCAGCAGCAGCAGCAGCAACCGCAGCAACCCAGACGCAGGGGGAGGCCCCCUAAAGCCGCUCCCAGCUCGGGGCGCCCAAUGGCUGGGGGCCCCUCGCGUCCUGCUGCUGCAGCAGCAGAAGCAGCAGCAGCAGCGGAAGAUUCGGCAGCUGCAGCAGCCCCAGCAGCUGUAGACCCUCCAACUGGAGCAGCGGCCGAAGAAGCACCGACCGCACCAGCAGCAGCAGCAGCAGCAGACGACAGCAGCGACUGCAGGGAGGAAGCAGCAAAGGAAGCUCAGCAGCAAAGAAAACUGCGCAGGACCCCCGCGAGAGAGAAGACGGCAGCAGCGCUGCAGCAGCAACAGCAGCAGCAGCAACAGCAGCAGCAGCAGCAGCAGCAGGAGACGCCUGAGAAGGGCCCCCGUUCAAGUGUACAGGCACCUCAAGUGGGUGCAGCAGCUACGAGGCCUCCACGCCGCUCCUCUCGCUCGCAGCAGCAAAGCGAAACAGCAAGCAGCAGCAGCAGCAGCAGCAGCAGCAGCCAAGCACAGGGCUCCAAUGAAGGCCGGCCUCGCGUCGGGGCUGCAGCCCCUGAAGAUGCAGCAGCAGCAGCCCCUGCUGCUGCUGCUGCACCAGCAGCAGCAGACCCCAAAGCAGCAGCAGCAGACUCCAAAGCUGCAGCAGCAGACUCCAAAGCAGCAGCAGCAGACUCCAAAGCAGCAGCAGCAGCCUCCAAGGCAGCUUCAAGUUCGGCAGGAGUAGCAGACGCAGCAGCAGCAGCAGCAGAUGCAGCAGCAGCAGCAGCAGACUCAGCAGCAGCAGCCGCAGACUCAGCAGCUGCUGCAGCCGACUCAGCUGAAGCAACAGCAGCAGACUCAGGUGGUGCAGCAGCAGACUCAGAUGCAGCAACAACACCGGCAGAGGCAGCAGCAGCAACAGCAGCAGCAGCAACAGCAGCAGCAACAGCAGCAGCAGCAACAGCAGCAGCAACGCCAGAAGGAGAGGAAUCGGAGACAGAUGGGGCAGCACGCAGCGGGCCGCGGCGUUCGUCUCGUCUGUCUGCAAUCACUCCCAGCAGCAGCAGCAGCAGCGGGAGCAGCAGCAGCAGCAGCAGCGGGAGCAGCAGCAGCAGCAGCAGCGGCAGCGGAGGACCUUCCCCUGCUGCCGCUUCUGCUGCUAAGAGCACGAAGGGCCCCCCAGUUGCUGCUGCUGCUAGCAGCAAAAGGAGGGGGGCCCCCAGCACGUUGGAGACACCGGGUGUGAGGAGACGCAAGCAAGAGGCAGCAGCAGCAGCAGCAGCAGGAGUAAAGCCUGAAGCAGCAGCAGCAGCCCCAGCAGCAGCAGCAGCAGCAGCAGGACGCACAUUUACUGCAGACUUUGGGGGGGUGCCUCGAUGCUCUCUCCGAGCUGUCUCCUUCGAGGAAGCAGCAAGCCGACUAGGCAUACAGCAUAUAAGGAGACAGCGCUGCAGCAGCAAAAUGCUACAGUGUAGGAGGGCUAUUAAGCGUUUGCUGCGACAAUACCAGCAGCAGCAACAGCAACAGCAGCAACAGCAGCAGCAGCAGCAGCAAGAACAGCAGCAGGGGGAGCAGCAACAGAAGCAGCAGCAGCAGCAGCAGCAGAAGCAGCAGCGACACAAGCAGCAGCAGCAGCAGCAGCGGCCUGUGGUUUACUGCCCCCACAUGCCUGAGGAGGGGGGCCUGCAGCGAGAUAUUGAAGUGCUGCGGUGUAUAAAGAAGGGCUUCGUGUCUCCUUUUAUUCAAAUAGUGGAGGUCUUAGAUGAUAGACAUCCGCUGCGGCUAGGGGCCCCCCUUAGCCGCCCUGUCUUCGCGCUGCGGUAUGAGGGGCCCCCUAUUCCUGCUGCUGCUGCUGGAGUUGCUGCUGCUGCUGCUGCUGCUGCCGGUGCUGCAGCAGAGGCACCCCCUAAGAGGGUCUUGUUUGGAGAGAGAACAGGGUUUGUUUGCAGCAGCAGAGAGGAAGAAGAAUCUGCUGAUGCUUCUGCUGCUGCUGAUGCUACGCCUGCUGCUGCUGCUCCUGCAGCAGCACCAGCAGCAGCAGCAGCGUCGCACCAGCAGCAACACAGAGCAUCAGAACUAAGAAGAAGGAGGCAACAGCACUCCAACGCAACCAGCAGCAGCAGUAGCAGCAGCAGCAGCAGCACGGAUGAACACGGGCAUUCUGAUGGCUGUGAUUUCUCUCUGUCUUUUUCGUUUGAUGCGUUUACUGCACCACCAGUAGCAGCAGCUUCUUCUCUAGAGUUAAAUGCUGCAGACGCUGCGCUGCUGCUGUCUUCCGACGACGAAGAGCAGCAGCAGCAGCAGCAGCAGCGGAGAAAGGGAGCAGAGCAAGCCCUGCCGUGGCUCAGCCGAACAGCAGCAGCAGAAGCAGAGCUCUUCGCUAGAGAAGCAACAGAUGCAGACUUCAUGCCCUGGGAUGCUGCACAACCAAGACCCAAAGGCGUUUAUUUUGUCCGAACCGCUGCUGCUGCUGCUGCUGCUGCUGCUGCUGCAGGUUUGCCUCUGGGUCUGCAGCAGCUGGCUGUUGGAGAGGUGCUGCGUCUGUCUACGCGUUGCUGCGGGGUGCCUAUACACCCCGGCGAUCAAUUAUUUGUAGAUUUUGGGAUGUCUUGGGGAGCAGCAGCAGAUGCAGCAGCACUAAGACAUGCGCGGAUACAGCUGAGAUCCCUUAGAAUGUUAGAGAGGCAGGGCGGCGCUGCUGCUGCUGCUGCUGCAGCAGCAGUAGCUGCUGCUGCUGCUGCACCAGACCUAGAUGAAGAUGAAGAUUUUGCUAAGAGGGUGCUGCGGGGGGGCCCCCUGGGGGCCCCCCUUAACUCUGCUGCUGAUAGAGAGGGGGCCCUAGCUAGUUCUGUUGCAGCAGAUGCAGCAGAAGCAGCAGCAGCAGCAGAAGCAGCAGCAGCAGCAGAAGCAGCAGCAGCAGCAGCUGCUGCUGCUGCUGCAGAGCUCCCUCCCCCAGACCCCUCGCUUGUGCUGCCACCAGGCCUCAAUGAAGCAGCAGCACUGGCAGCAGCAGCAUCUGCUGCUGCUGUUGCUGCUGCUGAUGCUGCUGAUGCUUCUGCUGCUUCUGCUACAUCUCCCGCAGCUGCAGCAACAACAGCAGCAGAACCUGCAGCAGCAGCAGAGGCUCAGGCACCAGGGUCUGAUGCAGCAGCAGCAGCAGCAGCACCUGCAGCAGCAGCACCUGCCGCAGCACCAGAGUCAGGCUUGAAGUCAUCUGCAGCAGCAGAAGCAGCUGAAGGGUCUCCCCCAGAGGCAGCAAAAGCCCCGCCAGGAGCAGAAGCAGCAGCAGCAACCCCAGCAGGCGCAGCAGCAGCAGCACCAGGAGCAGCAGGAGAAGCAGGAGCAGCAGCAGAAGCAGCAGCAGCAGCAGGAGAGCCCACAGGGUUUGGUGGGCGUGUGUUUCCUUCGUUUGCUGCUGCUUGCUGCGCUGCAGCAGCAACUCCGCCUCGCUCAAUACGAGGGGGCCCCCCUCAAUCAGCAGCAGCAGCAGCAGCAGCAGCAAGGGGGGGCCCCCCCCCGCUCUCUGGUGUCUCUGGGGGCCCCUCGCUGCCUGAGCGGGGGCCCUUAGAGAUCCUUAAACCCUGCAAAGAAUGCAGAAAACAAUUCGGGAAGGAUGCAAACCCUAUUACUUGCAGGGUUUAUCAGCUGCAUUUCGGUGCGAGCGCCGCUGUGGACGGCGACUGGGGACAAAAUCCGCUCACCGUAUCCAGGGCUGUCAUUGGAGCUCUAGCAGCAACAGUAGCGAGCUACAGAAGAAAAGAAGUGGAGGCUGAGGAUGCCUUCAGAGACCCCAAGGGCCCCCUUUGUGUGUCUCCUGCUGCUGCUUCGGCGCUGCUGCAGCAGAUGAGCUCUACUUCAGCAGCCUUUGUGCCGCUCUUGGGUUUUUUUGCUGGGGAGACGAAAAUAGAAAGAAGAUUCAAAGAGGGCGUAUUCGUAGAUGGUGAUGAGGAGUGGGUGCUUCCUCGGGUCUUCAUGGAACAGCUGCUGCUGCAGUCGCUGCGGCCCUCUGAGCAUUCUGCUGCUUCUUCUUUUGCUUCUCUCUUUCGAUUUGAUCUGCUGCCGUUUGUCUCUGCUGAAGGUGAGAGAAAGCAGCUUAAAAAUAAACAUCUGCUGCCUCAAGCUUCUCUCAACUGGGGAGACAGACCUGCUCUUCUAUUCAGACAGCAGCAGCAGCAGCAGCAACAACAACAGCAGCAGCAGAUGGUGUCUCCUGCAGCACGCAACAAAAGAGCUGCAGCCAUAGGGCAUAAAUUCGCAGCAUCACACAGCAGCAGCAGCAGCAGCAGCAGCAGCAGCAGCAGCAGCAGCGGGAGCGGUAGUGGGAGCAGGAGGGUUGGUUUUGCUGCUGCUUCAGUGGCGUUUCCUCCUGCAGGUGGUGUGGGGUUUGCUGCAGCAGCAGCAGCAGCAGGUGCAGGUCCUUUGAGAGCAGCAGAGCAGCAGCAAAUAUGUUUAGAGAUGUUGCUGCUGCUGGCUCGCAAUGAGAGUUUGCUGCAGUGUACAGACACCUGGAAGAGAGGGGGCUUUCAGUUUCACUUCUCUCGCUUAUCCGGAGGCAGUUUAGCAGCAGCAGAUAUAUCUUUCUAUUGGGGGGCCUUUGCUCCGCUGCUGCAUGCGCUGGGGCUGCUGCAGCGAGGAGGUGCAUCAAUAACAGAUGCAGCAGCAAAAGCAAUGGUGAGGGAACACCCGCAGCAAGUUCGAACGACGGUAGCUACACUGGAAGCUGCUGCUGCUGCUGCUGCUGCUGCUGCUGCUGCAACAGAUGAGCAACAGCAGCAGCAGCAUAUGCAGCAGCAACAGCAUAUGCAGCAGCAUAUGCCGCAGCAGCAGCAUAUGCAGCAGCAACAGCAGCAACUCGUGCAGCAACAACAAGCUGCGCUCCCUGUGCAACACCAGCAGCAGCAGCAGCAGCAGCAGCAGCCAGAGCAGCAGCAACAGUUUAUCCCAACACUGAGCCCGCAGCAGCAGCAAGUGCAGCAGCAGCAGCAAAUGCAGCAACCAGCAGACAGCCACACAGGAGAGACGCCGCAUAUGGAAGAGAAACACACAGCAGCAGCAGCAGCAGCACCAGCAGCAGCACCAGCAGCAACAGCAACUGCUGCAGACACAGCAGCACCGCUGCCCUCUUCCUCUGCAGCACUUCAGGCAGCACAAGAAGCCUCUGCUAGUAACGACAGCAGCAGCAACAGCGGGAGCAGCAGCAACAGUAACAGCAGCAGCAGCAGCAGCAGCAGCAGCAGCAGCAGCGAGGCACCUAUGCGAGAGAGCAAUGGGGCCCUUCCGACGUCAGGCAGCCCUUUGGAGGGGCAGCAACAAACAGCAGCAGCAGCAGCAAAUGCAGCAGCAACAGCAGCAAAUGCGGGAGCAGCAGCAACAGUAACAGCAGCAGCAGCAGCAGCAGCAGCGAGGCACCUAUGCGAGAGAGCAAUGGGGCCCUUCCGACGUCAGGCAGCCCUUUGGAGGGGCAGCAACAAACAGCAGCAGCAGCAGCAAAUGCAGCAGCAACAGCAGCAAAUGCAGCAGCAGCAGCAGCGAAGGCAGCAGGUGCAGCAGUAG